AUGGGUGCUGUUUCAAUGAUUCUUUUGAUCCUCGUCACCAUCUUUAUACCUCCAGUUGGUGUCUUCCUAGUAUCAGGAUGUGGACCUGAUCUCCUCAUAAACAUAUGUUUAACACUUCUUGGAUACAUACCAGGACACAUCCACGCAUUUUACAUCGAAUAUGUGUACUAUGAACGACGAGAAGCAGGUAGAGAAGGAAGAUUCCAAGCGGCGAGAGCUCCGGGAAUUUAUUCGGAUAGGGUGCAAGGAGGUGGUUACGUGCGCAUCCAAAAUGUCUUUGGAUUCUUCACCACAGUGGCAUUUGUCGUCGCGGCUUUGAUCGCAUGUACAGAUAUUAUUUCGCCGCGUACACCCAGUGCCAAAGUAGAAGUGAAAGAUAUUCAAGUCGUAAAAGGACGUCCACAUUACUAUUCCACGAAGAAAGAAGAAUACGCACACAUCCGAUUCUCCCUCAACGCAGACUUUUCCUCCCUCUUCAACUGGAACACUAAACAAGUCUUCGUCUAUGUUUCUGCAUCAUGGCCUUCCAAUUCUUCGGAACCUCAAGUUCUAAAUAACGAAGCGGUCAUUUGGGAUACGAUUAUCACGAAUCCAAGCGCGGAUCAUUUGCAAAAUAUUGGACCGGCUGCGAUGAAGAAAUUGAUUAAGAGUAGUAAGGGAAAGAGUAUUGAUCCUUCGAGAGGUAUUCUGAAACUCAAGAAUCAAAAAGCGAAAUACCAAAUCACACAACCGGGUGGAAAACUCGCAUCAACAGAAGGAGUUGUGUUGAAGGUUCAUUAUAAUGUGCAACCAUGGGUUGGAGCCCUUACUUGGACUCCUCAAAUAGAGUUUCUGAGAUGGAAAAAGGUCAAGGGGGGUGUGAGUAAGGUUUUUGGAUUACCCGCUUUGAAGGAGAAGAAGAAGGCUGCAGAAUAG